UCUGUGAUAUAAUUUUGUAAAAUAAUAUAGAAAAUAUGCUAACUUUGAUAGUAAUAAAGUGAAAAAGCAGAAACGUUUAAAUGGAAAAUGUACAGGGUUGGUUGUAAAUUGUAACCCCUAAAACCCUAAACCCUAGAUCCAUUAGUGUGAUCGGCAGGUAAGCGCAGACAUUUGAUGAGUGAAGAAAAGAGACGAAAUGUCUGAAAAUCAAGAUUGGUCCAAUCAUUGUGCCGAUCUUUUACGUCCGAUAAUCGAAAGCUUGAGCACUAUUGAUUAUCACCGAGCAAAAAAAGUUUGCUCAGAUUGGUACUCCGUUUGGAAAACAUGCGUGAAGCGGCCUCUGUAUCCAUGGCAAUUCAUAUACCAUGAUGAUUCUUCGAGUUUGUUCGAUCCCGGAGAGGACAAGAUUUACAACACGAAACUCGUUGGAAUCUCCGACAAAAGCUACUAUAUGGCUAGCUUCGGAAAUUGCCUAUUGAUGGUAGAUUCUCUUCUCCAUUUCUAUAUCGUUAACAUGUUAACGUGCGAAAGAAUCAAUCUUCCAUCAAUGGAGACGUCAAUACGCGGUGGGCACGUGAGAUUCAAACGAAGCGGUGACGAGUGGGGUUACUUCGUUGACUUUUAUCGUAAGGAUCGAGUGUCUAAAGACAUCUUUGGAAGCGAAAGAUCAGCUGUUCUGUGGAUAAACGAAAGAACAGGAGAUUAUUUCGUUGCUUGGAUUUUCAAUAAGCUUGAGUUGUUCACACACAAGAAAGGAGAUGAUUAUUGGUGGAAUUGGUAUACAAGAGGUGCAAAUUUGGGUUUCUUGGAUUUGGCUUAUAAGAACAGCAAGCUUUAUCUGUAUAUUUCUGAUGAUCACAUCAAGAUUGUCGAUUUCUCUGGAGAUUGCCCCAAAGAAGAAGUCGAGAAAAACCCGUAUUGGGAUCAUCCGUUUGAUUACGUUUCAAAACAGUGGGAGUACGUUUGGAAGACGAGAAUAGUGAUUCAGAAAACAGGAGAGGUUUUCAUCAUCUUGAGUUUAUUAGAAAAGCUAUUAAAAGAGACACAUUUGUUUUACAUCUUUAAGAUGAAUUUUGAGAGUAACAAAUGGGAAAGAGUAGAUUCUAUUGGAGAUGAUGAGAUGUUGAUCUUUGGUCAUGGGGUUACACUAAGAGCACCGGUUCAAGAAGUUGGUGAUGGAAUCAAGAGUGGUUCAAUCUGUUUCGUUGAAGAUGACCUUUUUUGGCUAAAUAUUAGUCUUCCUUCGAAUUGUGGUGUCUUCGAACUUGCCACAAGUAGAAUCAAAUGGUUUAAGAGAACUCAGUGGAAAACUCAGUGGUUUGUUGUAGGAUUUGCUUAGUCUUUUACUAUUUAACAACUUUGAUGAAGUAAUUUUGUUUGUUGCAGGCUAUUUACUUCUUUUUUCUUGUUUUGAUUUUUGUCUUUUAAAUGGUUUAGCACACGA